CAACCAUCCAGCGUAGAUGUACCUAUGGAUCAAGGUACUACCUCUUCACGUCUUACGAUAGAGAAGUUGGACAAGCUGUGCAGUUAUGACGAAUUUCUAGAUCAAUAUUUGAUACCCAAUAAACCAUGCAUCUUACCAUUCGAGCUGGUGAAAGAAUGGCCAGCAUUCAAGGAAUGGCUGCCUGCAUUAGAUGGUAAUGAUGAUCGAGAGGCUGAUGACUUUCUCGAUCCCGCCUUUGCCAUUCUUGCAACACGUUAUGGCAACCAUGAGGUUCCAAUAGUGAUCGAGAACUUAAGGGAAGAGGAAGACUCUGAGGACCGUUUCGAGAGACAGGAAGUGCAUUUAUCACAAGCUGUAGCAAUGAUGGCAGAAGCUAAAAAGACAGGCAAUGCACGCAUAUACAUCAAAGAUUGGCAUAUGAUAAGACAAGAAAGAAUGCUGAGAUCUGACACGAAUGAGCCAUACACUACACCGUCUCUUUUUGCUGAUGAUUGGAUGAACAACGUCAAAUCCGAAGCAGAUGAUGAUUUUAGGUUUUGCUAUGCAGGUUCUGCUGGUACACGAACAGUGAUUCAUCGAGAUGUGUAUACAUCUUAUAGUUGGUCUACCAAUAUCGUCGGUAAGAAGAUUUGGAGACUAUUCCCUCCAACAGCCAAAACGCAUUUACGUCAAUUUCCUCAAAAUGCCAACUCUGAAUUAGCAAGAGGUGUAGAGGAAAUGGAGAAGCAUAGAACAGCGGGCAAGCUGAAAGCCAUCUCAACAGGAGGCGUAGGAUGGCCAGAAUGGAAGAAAGCGAUGGAUCAAUGUCAUGAAGUAGUACAGGAAAGCGGGGAAACAAUCUUUGUUCCAAGUGAUUGGCAUCAUGAAGUGAUCAAUUUGACGGAUUGUAUCAGUUUAAAUCAUAAUUGGUGCAACUCAUGCAAUAUCAAGAGUAUGUACAAGUCCAUGUGUGAAGAAGUUGAAAAGACAGAAGAAGCAAUCUCGGAUGUUCGUCAAAUGAUGCAAGAAUCGGAUCCACUCAAAUGGCAAAUCGAAUGGACGGAAACUGUGCAAAGGAUUGUCGCUGCAAACGCUGGAUGGGCUUGGGAAGGUUUUUGGGAUAUGGUUUUGCAGAAUCUCGAGAAUCCACCAUGUGAAGUGAGUACUAUAAAGAGUUAAUGAUGCAACGGAUUUACUGACACUGUCUCAAUACUGAUAUAGGAAGUGCUUCGUCCCAAAGAAGAAUGGGUGAAGAUGCAAUUAAGACCUUGCAUACUAGAUUUCGUGAAUCGAAACGAUUUUCCGUUUCUGUGCGAUUCGAUCAAAUGUAAUCCUAUAUUGUACAAUUUGUAGGUCGAAUAGAAAUGAGUGUCAUUCUCAACCAUAUGCUCAGAUGCACUUUAUAGUCAUUGAAAAGGUGAAUUUGCAAUAUGAUGCCCUAUUCCGAUCCGGCCGAAUGAACAAGCAACUAUAUCCGAUCAACGCCGGUCAAAGAAAGCGGGGAAGACUCGUUGAGCGCCAAGCCGUUGCAUGAAUGAAUGAGGGGGAGAAUCCCACUCAA